AUGAUGCUUGAAUCACAGGCUGGCACAUAUAUAAAAGAAUUUGUUCACGGGGAUCUAGGACGUACGCAUCCAAGCAUUGGAUCAAUUCUAAGAUGCAGAGCAGAGAUACUACAACUAGAUGUUACCGACGUGAAAAUGGACUGUUUUUUGGCUGAAUAA